CAGGGCCGCUAGGCGAGAUCUCGCGACACUUCCGGAGUCUCGCGGUCUCCGGCUUGAGCUCCGCUGCUGCCUUGACUACCAGAUUCCACAGGUAGCAGUCGCGCUACGGAGGCCGGGUGGCCCGAAGAGGGAAACCCGUGAGGUGGAGUAGCAUGAGCUGGAGCCAUACAGAAUCUGCAGGAAGACCCUCGGGGGAGUCGGGGGGACACGGCUUUCUGCUUUCUUCACGUGGACUGUUCUGAGGAAAAGAAUAUUUAGACUCUCCAAGGUCUUCCUUCACAUAGCUGUUAAAUCCAAGGCAACUGUGGAAGCAUGGAUAUUGGUACAUCUUCUGCACGGUCCUCCAGCCCACUUGAAAGGGAUCCUGCCUUUCGGGUGAUUACAGUGGCUAAGGAAACAGGUCUAGGUCUGAAGAUCCUAGGCGGCAUUGAUAGGAAUGAAGGACCAUUGGUGUAUAUUCACGAAGUCACUCCUGGAGGCGACUGUUACAAGGAUGGACGUUUGAAGCCAGGAGAUCAGCUUGUCUCCAUAAACAAGGAAUCUAUGAUUGGUGUAUCAUUUGAAGAAGCAAAAAACAUACUUACCAGAGCCAAGUUGAGGUGGGAAUCUCCGUUGGAGAUAGCAUUUAUCAGACAGAAGUCUUACUGUGGUCAUCCAGGAAACAUUUGCUGUCAGUCCCCACCAGUGUCAGAAGACUGUGAACCUCAAACCUCAGCAUUUAAUCUUCUUUCCUCUCCCGCUGGAACACUACUUCCAAAGACUUCAUCCACUCCCAGGACUCAGGACUCCAUUUUACCCUCCUGUACAGUAAUUCAGACUCAACCUGAGCACAGUCAAGCAGGGCUUGCUCCAGUUCCUUCUUUGAACAACCGCCCUACAGACACAUCCAAUGCAGACAUUGCUCCAGCCUGGACUGAUGACGCUUCUGGACCACAAGGAAAGAUUUCCCUAAAUCCUUCUGCUCGCCUUAAGGCAGAGAAACUGGAAAUGGCUCUCAAUUACCUCGGUAUACAGCCAACAAAGGAACAGCAUGAAGCCCUGAGACAGCAAGUCCAGGCCGACUCAGAGGGGACUGUGUCUUUUGGGGAUUUCGUCCAGGUUGCCAGAAAUUUGUUCUGCUUGCAGUUGGAUGAAGUAAAUGUUGGUGACCAUGAACUCCCCAGCGUCUUGGACUCACAGCUUCUCCCCUGUGGUUCUCUAGAAGCAGAUGAAGUGGGAAGACUGAGACAAGAAAGAAAUGCUGCUCUGGAAGAACGGGAUGCGCUUAAGGAGAAAUUACUCGAAUCAGAGAAGCACAGGAAACAGUUGAUAGAAGAACUCCAGAAUGUGAAACAGGAAGCCAAAGCCGUAGCCGAGGAAACACGAGCUCUGCGAAGCCGGAUUCAUCUUGCCGAAGCUGCACAGAGGCAGGCACGUGGGAUGGAAAUGGAUUAUGAAGAGGUGAUCCGUCUGCUAGAGGCUGAGGUCUCAGAACUAAAGGCCCGGCUCGCUGAUUAUUCUGACCAAAAUAAAGAAAGUGUCCAAGACUUGAGAAAGAGAGUCACAGUUCUUGACUGCCAAUUGCGAAAAUCAGAAAUGGCUCGGAAAACAUUUAAGUCAUCCACUGAAAGGCUCCUUCGUUUUGUAGAGGCUAUUCAAGAAGUACUUUUGGACAGUUGUGCUCCUUUAUCAAAUUUAAGUGAAAGAAGAGCUGUGCUUGCCUCUCAGACCUCGCUUCCGCUGCUGGGAAGGAACGGACGUAACUUCCCAGCACCCCUGCUUCUGGAAUCCAAGGAACUUCUUAGGUCUGUCCGUGCCGUACUUGAUAUGGACUGCUUACCUUACGGGUGGGAGGAAGCUUACACAGCAGAUGGGAUCAAGUACUUCAUCAACCAUGUGACACAGACCACGUCCUGGAUCCACCCCAUGAUGAGUGUCCUGAACCUGUCCUGCGCAGAGGAGAGUGAAGAGGACUGUCCCAGAGAACUAAGGGAACCGAAAAGCUGAUGAGUUUCCACGGGCAACGGAGCUCCAGAGACUUCCGACUUUUCAAUAUAUAUGCACAACCAGACGAACGACACCACAACUGAGACACAGGACUCCAGCACAUGCUACCAGGCCGGGUGUCGAGUUGAAACCGUGGUAUUUUUGUGUACAUGCUAAGGAUCAGUUGCCACUGUAGUAGUUGUUUGAAAAUAAUCUAGUCAUAUAUAGUCAGAUUUUAUAUGCAUAUGUCUUCUCAUUUAUACUUAGAUCUUUAUAAUUCAAUGUAUAGUUCCUUGUUUGGUAUAAGAUACAAUGGUUCGUACAGCAACACUUUAUAUUGAAAAGUUAUAUGAACAUAGCGAACAUUCUUGAUAACUCCCCCUCUCUCCUCACAGCGUAGGAAAGAAUUCUGAGGAAGCUAGGGGAGGGCGCCCAACCCUAUCCCAUUAGCUGCUGAUUGCAACUCUUGGGUUUUGGGGUGUUUUUUUUUUUACCAGUGCCUCAUAGGACACCACGUGACAUAUCAUUAGGAAACUUCUAUCGUUUAUAAAAAGCUUUCAAACCUCGUCUUACUUAAACCAAACAGCACGGCUGUUCCACAGGGCAUUUCUACUCACGGCUUCAGCUGGAGAGACAGUGGUUCCAAAAGACAGAGCGUGCAGUGCCGGGGAUGGGACUCACACCUUACCUUCCGAUUCCGUGCCCAGGCUCCCUUGCCCUGCUCCCUACUGACCUCACAGAGGGAGAUCUCGGCCCAGGAGAGCAUCCACUUUCUGUUGACGCAGCUGGGUCCACAGCUGCGCAUUCCACACCUCAGAGCCAAACAUUGCCUCUUCAUAACCCCAGUCUCUUCCUUCUGUGGCCCCAUCCCCACCCCCACCACUACCCGUAGACACUCACCAAGCAAGGCACUGCUCUGCGACUUUUCAGUGGACUUUGUUCCGUGACUGGAUUUUCUAGAAUAGAGACACUGGCUCAUGGCAGUGGUUUGCCAUGCUUGGGUGCCAUGGCCAGUGGGAGCAUCUGAGGAGAGCUGACAGGAGAAAGGUAUCUUUUUAAAUACUGCUGGAGUUGCCUGUAAAAGGGUGGAGGCCAGGAGCCAAGCAAAGCAGCCCAGCAUCACUUAGGUAAGCAUGGAGCUCCCAAGAGCACAGUGCAAGCAUCUUUACUUAAAGCCACUUUAUAAAUAAGCCACUGAGUUCCUGCAGUGAAGUAGCACCUAUGGCGGCAUCAGACACUAGCGCCUACAUGUUCUGCAGAGUUUUACCUCAUAUAUGGAAUGUAUAUGGAGAAUACAUGUGGGCACGGUGCUCACCCAUACCCCUUAGUACAUUUAAGAUUUAGGAUUUAAGUUGAAUCCACUUAGGAUUCAUGUUUGCCGUCAUGAGGAAGAACAUAAAGCCAAAUACAGACUGACAAGGAGACUUUAACCCCAGGAAAGACAGAGUGGCUGGAGCAAAUGUAGGCCUCUCCUCACAGCUCUCUGGAUCUUAGGACGCUUCGAAGAGGAUGAUUGGGGUGGGGGUGGGGGGCAGCUUUGAGAGCAGCUGCAGCGGGAGCUGUUUCCUCAAGUCCCAGAGAAGUGAAGAGGCACCCACACACUUUUAUGAGAGGAGUGAACCAGCACACUCCUUUUAGGAGAUCGCCCCCUGCCCCCAUUGCAGUGUCCUCCCUUGUUUGUGAGGGAGCUGACAUGGGACCCUGAAGCAUGCAGUCUGUGUGUGUUCGUGUAUGUGUGGCACUCACAGCCUCUCUGCUGCUUAUACCAAGUUCCUCCCUGUUUCUACCAAAUACAUAAUCAAACGACCUAGAAAUGCAUAGCGCUAUUUACUGAGCACUGUACCGUACACUGCAAUGUACAAUGAACAACUUUUGGGAGGCUUCUUGGGAUAGCCUCUCCCUGUGUAUACCAUCCUGGCCUUGAGUUCGCAAUCCCCCUGCUUCAGCCUCCCAAGUACUGGUAUUUCAGCAACAAGCCAAGAAGCUUCCCAAAGUGAUCCCAAUUAUAUGAAGAAGCCGAGGUUUAGAGAGAAGUGGUCACUGCCCAAGGAUCCCGCCGUGCCUAUGUGUUGAUGCUGGACCUGAAGGCAAGUCUUAGACCCCAGGGCUUCCUUAAACCAGGGGUAGAGACUCCUGGAUUUAGUCAGCCCUGCAAGACUCCAGUUUUCAGUCAUGAGGAACUUCCUGGUUCAUGAGAAAGGCAUUCCCCAGGAGAAAAUAGCAUCCAUCCAGUUCCUCUGCAUCUGAACUUCUCCUGUGACUGCAGCUAAGGACGUUCACCCUGAAUUAGCUGAGUCUGGUGAACAAUCAUUGAGAACUACGCUUUAGUCUCCAUGACCUCCAGACCCACAGAUAAAGGACAGAUGCUCAGAGAAUCUCCAGAGGAGGGCUCAGUAUGAAUGCUUCUCCGGUGCAGACAGAACCCUGGGUUACUUGUGGGGAAGUGGAUGUUCUUUAAGUUACCUUAUCUCUGUCACUAUAGCUAUCCAUAAAAAAAUGCCCCUCCGCUGACCCACCACUCAGAUCUGGGCCACAGGAACUGAAUGUGGUCACAUCCCUCCCAAUGUGUGUCCCAGAGGCAUUGGCCAGCAGCUCCCUUCAUAGAGUGACAAGGGGCUUUCCCUUGGAAUGCUCGUUAGCUACCAGCAUUGUGGUUAGCACUCUGGUCCAGGGCAAAGUAGGGCAAUAGCUAACCAUUCCUUGGGAUGUUUUAAAAAUAAAAACGAUCUUGAAAGUCAGCAGUAGUAACUUUUUAACUCCUAAAACGUAAAAAUAAUUUAUUUUCCUUUCAAAAAAACAGAUCAAGGUUCUGUGGAAAUAAAUUGAGUUUGAUAAAUAGCCCAUCUAACUUUCUAGAAGCUUCCAUCACCAAUAUUGCAGUAAAUAUUUUCAAUCGAGGGCAAGCAUGCCACCCUUAAACAGCUCACCUUUGAGUUAGUAUCUUACGGUCAUCUUUUCAUAGCCAUAUAGGCAUCCUGAUGCACUUUUAAGUCUCUGCUUAAGCUAUCUCGUCCCAGAAUGCCCUUCGUCAGUUGUUCAGCAACUUAUUAAAGAAAUCUUAGACUACUUUAAGUUCCUUCCUGUAACAGUGUCAUGGCGAGCAUUUGUGUAUUUGUUAAAACCUUUUCUUCAAGUAUCCAUGCACUCAGAUACUGACGUCGGUAGAGUGAAUACUUUUGUAAGCCACUGUGUCAGAAGUACAGUCAAAGUUCUGUCACUGAACCAAGAGCUUCUCCAGCCCUGCGUAAAAACCUGGAUGUUUUAAUCACUUCAUUUUAGCAUCUCUUUAGCAUCGGAGACUGGCUUGCUGUAUGGGAGAGAGUCUGGCAGUGACUAAUUCAGUGUUCCAAACAUGGCAUUCCUCUCACUGCUUUCUGCUUUACAUGUAAUGAUGAUAAGGAAUUGCUUCAAAAUCAGCACAGAGAGCAAACUUAUGAAUACAAUACAAGAGCCACCAUUUCUCCAUCUGUGGCAUACGUCCUCGUGCCCACACGAUUCAACUCAGCACACAUGACCUGAGCACCUACUGUGUGCCUGGCCGUGCACAGUGUGAUAGCUGUGAAUAGUACAAAUUUCCAAAUCAGAGAGCUCAGUUUCUUGAUAUUUCUACACGGACACACUGUACAGGGUAAGAAGUUAAGGAUUUGUUUCCUAAGAAUCCCUUAAAUUUGAAUAAUUAUGGAAAACAUUGACACCCCCCACCUUGGCUAGAAUAGGGGGAGAAGGAACGUGCUGGAAGAGGCUCUCCAAUAACAAAUGAAAGGCAGCUGUCAAAAUAGACUCAAAUAGCACACUCAUAAACUGCUUGCGCAAUCAGAAAAUAUUAUCCUUUUUCUAGGGAGAAAUAGGACAUUUCUCUACAGUAAGCAAAAUGUAACUUUUUGAAGGGUCAAUACACUUGACAUUUUUAUGUUACUUAUACAGACAGAACUGAACAAACAUUAAUGUGGCUUUCACAGUCAUGGGUAUAAUUUUCAGGAUGAUGAAAAGCACAGACUAUGCCCGUGGAAUUUAAAGAAUUAAACAGAAUGUGCCUGUGAAACAUGACUUUAGACAUGUACUACAUGAGAUGGUUUAGCCAUGGCUGUUCACAUGUAAUAUCACUGUAUCAGUAAAGCGAUUUAAUAAACACUCGACACAG